UAAACCGGUCAAAAAAUCAAAAUGGCGGACUGACAACACACGGAUAAUAUUGGUAUUGAAAUUCAUGCGAGUUUGGCUUAAAUAUAUAUCUACUCACAAUGGCAACUCGAAGCUUAACAGAAGUAUUUAUUUUGAUGAGAAAUAAUGCUCUGCAAAGUCGGAACAUUUUCUCUGACCAAGUCUCAGAUGACAGGAUGGGGCUAAUGUCCAAUGUCAACCUUGACCUUGAGUCGGGUACAGUUAACACAAGAUCGAAUAGACUUCCACCUGAAUGGGUUGAUGGUGUGGAAGAAAUCCAGUAUGAAAUGACGAGAAUCAAAUUAAAAAUGAAAGAGCUUGCAUCACUACAUGACAAACAUCUAACACGACCAGCAUUUGAUGACAGUAUUGAUGAAGAACAUGCGAUAGAAAUACAGACCCAGGAAAUUACUCAAAUGUUUGCACACUGCCAGCGAUUAAUACAGCAAAUCACUGCCCGCAGUAGACGUGGGACCGAUCAAGAACUGCUUCUUUCACAAAACAUGGUUAUGUCCCUUGUUAGAUCUAUACAGGAAAUGUCAAAUAAUUUUAGAAAAAGUCAAUCAUCAUACUUGAAAAAAUUACGGAGUCGAGAAGAACGAUCUCAAUUUUUUGACACAAAUAUAGGACCAGAUUCAGGAACACUUCCUGAAGAUGAUAUGUAUGCAAGUUAUGAUAGGGGUUUUUCAUCAGAACAGAUGCAGCUGGUAGACAACAAUACACAGGUAGUAAAUCAGAGAGAUAAGGAGAUUGCCCACAUUGUACGCUCUAUACAAGAUCUGAAUGAAAUAUUUAAAGAUCUGUCACACAUGGUUGUGGAUCAGGGAACAAUAUUAGACAGAAUAGACUAUAAUAUAGAACAUGCAUCAGUGCAGGUGGAGAAAGGACUACAACAAUUACAAAAAGCUGAAAAAUACCAAAAGAAAAAUAGAAAAAUGCAUUUAAUUUUAAUAUUAGCAUUAUUGAUAAUAAUUCUUAUAAUAAUACUUAUAGCAACAAAAAGCUAGUACAUAGUUGUUACAUAGAAAAUUAUUUUUUAUUAUUUAUUGAUCAUUAUAUUUCUCUGACAUUUGUUGUUUUGGCAAUGUUAAAGCAGCUCUGUUGCCAAGGAAACUAAUUUUCCUGUCAUAAUUUUGCUCCUCUUUGUAAAGAAAAUGUUCAAAAAUUUUAAAUCUGUCAGGAGUUAAAUCCUUUCAGUACUUAGUUUGUAUAUUCAAGUACAUCAUCUCAUGAUGUUAGCUUGUAAAUAUUUGCAUUAUUUCUUAAUUGGCCUUUGAAAUUUAUCAAAAUUUGUCGUUAGUAUAUACCGAUGCAGCAUCAUGCUUAUUAAUUUUGUCCAUCCCUGUAUGUAUUUAUAACAUCUGAUUUUUCUCAACUCUCAUAUAAUUUAAAGGGUCAAAUACCCACAUUUCAGAAUACUCGUGUAAAAAAUUCUUAAUGUCCAUAAUAGCAUAAGUGUGACUUAAAGCUGCAUGCCUCCAGAUGACCCAAAAUAUUUCAAGAAAAUUAAACUUUGAAAAACCAUACUAAAACUUUGAGAAAAGUAAACAAAUUAAAGAUUCAAGUGAUAAUUUAUAUCUUAUGUGCACUUAAUGACUGUAUUUUGUAGUAUUUAUCACCAUAUUUCUACUGCGUUACUAACGCAGUAGGGGCUAUUUUGCAUAUUUUGACCUCUUUUUGGUAAUUUACGUGGAUUUUAAGUGCAGAUUGUAAUGUGUCGAGUACUUUCUUUGUUCAUUUCACAAUAUUUUACCUUUAAAUACAUUUUCAAAAUGUUCAUGAAAAUUAGGAUGAAUCUGGAGGCGUGCUGCUUUAAAUUCAAACCAGAUAAAACACACACAAAAACAAAAUGUAUACCAGAGCUGUAGUAACAUUGUCCAAACCAAAUGUCUGUGAUUAAAAACUGUAUUAAUAUUAACAGUUUAUUUAUACAAACAAAGGGUCCUAUUAAAGUGUGAUUUGAAUGUAUAUCCAUUAAGCCAAAUUGGAACCUAACACUUGCAUACAGAUUAUGAAUGUGAAAAAGUGGAAAUUUUUGUUUGUCAUAUGUGUGUAAUUUGCAAUAUUAUCGUAUCUAAAAUUGUGUUUGGUGAAGAUAGUUUGCUUUCUUAAAAGUAUAGAAAGCAAUUCAAUAGUGUAGAAUCUUUAUUUUUCAUUUUUAUUUGGAAUGUAAAGAAUUUAAUGAAUUGAGAAUUAUAUUGAUAAUACUUCAAUUUUACACUUGUUAAGCAAUUUUCCAGUCAUGUUGACUACUUAUUGGUAUAAUCAGUUGUUAAUUUGCCAUUAUCUAGAAUAGUGUCACAAUAUGUAUCUAUCUUUGUAGAAUCAUAAGUUUCCAUGUACAUUAAUGUAUGCUAAAAGUAGAAAAAAAACCUAUCAUCUUUGUUUUUUGCUGAUACAAAAAUGAAUUUGUAAAAAACUGGGACAUAAUAUAAUGGGGACAAGUAACUGCCUACGAGAUAGGUGUUUUAUGUAGUUGUCCAGUUGACAAUCAAUAAUUCGUUAAACAUGAGUGUUUAAUUCAUAUAUUUAUGCUGUAAUGA